CUGCGUGAGUGUACGUUGCUCUGGCUCGCUCCGCACCUCAGCACACGCUACUCUGGUCCACACAUACUCCUGGAUUAUACCAUAACCUUACAUUACUCCUGUGACAUCGUGUUUAGAGAGUGUUCUUCAUAAUUAUCAGUGACUUAAUAGUAAAGCAACAGUGCUAGUGUACCUGACUUUGAAAUAUAAGGUGUAUUACACCCUUACUUAUUGAGUUACAAGUUGGUCAGUGCUAGGACUCCUCCUCAGCCUGGUACGUCAAGCCUGAGGAUUACCACCUGGAGGACGGCUUAUGUGAUACGAAAUCCGGCUCUUGUUCAUAAUUUGAACUAGAGUCACAGCAGGUUUCUAGGAGGGCACAAGUGUCAGGCAUGGAGCUGUAUUGCUCAGAGGUGCCCACGUGCCCAGAGGAGACUAUAGCCAGUGAGGACCCGACACUCACCAGGGACGCCAGGGUACUGGACAACAUGAUGCAGUUACAGCUAUUUAAUGUACCUCCACAGAACUACUUCAAACACAUCCAGAGUGACAUCCAACCAUAUAUGCGCAAAGUCAUCACCAGAUGGAUGUUAGAAGUAUGUGAAGAGCAAGCCUGCGAGGACAGGGUUCUGGUGGUAGCCAUCAACUUCCUGGACAGGUUCCUGUGUUCGUGUGUGGUACAGAGAACCCAGCUCCAGUUGCUGGGAUCCGUGUGUCUCCUGCUGGCCUCCAAGCUACGACAAAGCCGGCCCCUCUCAGUUGACCUCCUCGCUUACUACACUGACUAUUCUGUUAGUGCUGAAGAAAUUAAGAGUUGGGAAUUGCUGCUGGUGUCCAAGCUGGGGUGGGACCUGGCACCCAUCACAGCUUGUGACUUCGUCGACCACCUCCUUCCUCUGGUUCCUGGUGUGGGACGGGAACCCAUCGUCAGAAAGCACGCAACUACCUUCAUUGCUCUGGCUGCUACUGAGCCAGAGUUCGUGCAGGUGGAGCCGUCUGCCGUGGCUGUGGCUUGUAUUGCGGCUGCUGUACGUGGGAUGAACCUGACGGAAUGGUCGUCGGUACUCGCAACUCUUGCCGGCGCUGUCAAUCUCGACGCUCACUCUCUCAUGCCUGUGGUAGAACAGAUCGACCUGGUGGUGGAGAACGAGACUGCCAUACUGCCGAGUAGUGAACACGAGCAUCAGCAACAGCAACAACAACUACAACAACCCUCAACGCCCACCAACAAGCACCAUCCCUCCACGCCCAUGGAGUUCGAUAUUAAUGAUACGCCAAAAGACCUCACGGAUAUACACUUCUGAUACCGAGGUCGACCGUAGUCGACCUCGGUAUCAUUCUCUUUUGCCCUCAGCGUCUGCAGGGACGCACAGGGAGUGUAGAAAUAACAGUUGUAACAGACGCGCUGCACAGACGUGGCCAGCUAAGCCCUCACACCGCCUCUACCUUCAGCACCAAGCCUCAGGUACUCGAGGGGCUCUCAAGGUUAAGCAAGUCAAAGUAGGUGAAACUGAUGCCUGCUUCUCUCUCUCUCUCUCUCUCUCUCU